CAGUACUGAUUCUUCUCCAGGAGCCAUUCAAUUGCCUGGUUGCAAGGUCAAUGAUAAAGUCAUGCAGUUGACGUCGGAGGAAAACCAAAAGUUGAUGAAGAGGUAUCUGCAAUGUCCGGGAAUGUGCAGGGUUGAAGUAUUGAAGAAAUUCGUCCGGAACAAGUACAAUGUCGAUACAAAUGAGUUCCACAUUGACAUUCUGUACAAAAGAGUUCCUCUACCUGACCACUAUACAUUGAUCGACAUCGCAUAUAUCUAUUCAUGGAAAAGGAACGAACCGAUGAAGUUUUUCUUCCGGAUCACCGAUAUCAACAAGCUGGCAGAAAGAUUCGACUACUUCAACUCGCAGAACGCCACAGAACUCAUCGUCAAAACUCCCGUCAGGACACCAAGGACCAUAGGCGACAAAGGGUCUAACAGGAAGAGGGAAAGUCUCAAGAAAAGAUCCAAGGUCAACAAACAACCUAGUCCAACGGUCAGCGACAUUUGUGAUAAAAACAGAAGCGAAAACAAAGUGGAGAACGAUAAUGAAAUCGCGAGUGCUGACAAAAAUGCUAAAGGUGCUUGUGAUAAUAAAACCGAGGUUACUGUGAGUCGUGUACAUAAAAUCGUGAGUGAACCUAGUGAUAAAAAUGCUAGGACUGUAGAAGACGUGAAAAUGAACGAGAUAAAUGCAAAAACAUCUGCCAGUGAGGUGAAGGUUGUAUCGGAAAUUACGAAUACGAUUGACGUUCAAGCCGGUAUUAUAGAUAAUGUUGGGAAUGCUGAAAAUGUGAUAAAUACGGGAGCUAAGCAAACUACCAAAAUUUCAGACAAAAUAGACGAAACUCGUUCGGUAGUGACACAGUGUGAAGAAAACAAGGCGGUUGUGAAAAACGGUUUGGAGAAAGAUACAAAUAAAAUUGUAGCAGAAAGUGUUUCGAACUCAAAUCUGCGAAACGCGAGCGAACAUAACGUCAUUUCAUUAAAACCAGAAGUACCAAAUUCAUCAGACGUUAAAGCUCCAAUUCAAAAAAGUGACAAUAAAAACGCAGUGUAUACGAACAUAACGCUCAAUCGAACAAAUAACAUUGAGAUCAUCACGAAAAUACAAAAAGUCUCGAACAAAGAUGGUCAACCGAUCGGUCUCAAUAUUAUCAAACAGACUGUAAAGAGUAAUAACAAAAAUGUAACGUGUGUUAAACUGGAUAAGAGUAUAUCUAACAAAGCGGCAUCUGAAAUCUCACGAACUAGUACCAGUAGUUCUGAUGAGUUAAAUGUCCAGUCCAUGAAUAAACAUAAUGGCAGAAUUAUGAACGUCACCUCACAACCAAAAACAAGUAGUAUAAAUAUUGUAAAUAAACAAAAAUCUGAUCAGAAUCAUGAUAAUGCUUCUAAUAAACCUAAUAGUGUUGAUGAAGCAGAAAAAAUCAAGUUCCUAGAAUCCUUACAGUUGACUGCUAUAUCGUCUGUACAUAAAUCUUCACCAGGUAGCCCAGAAAAGAAGGUAGUACUUCAAGUCACGAAUGAUCAAAAGAGAAAAAAUAGCAGUCCUCUGAAGUAUGACCAAAGUAAGAAAAUCAAAUUGGACAGGAAGCCCGUCAAGAAAAUAAUCCUCCACCCUAAACCAAAAUCAGUUUUACCAUCACCAUUGGAAAAUAAUGGUUUGAAGUCGUUGAUUGAAAACUGCAAAAUACCAUCAUCGCUAUCUAUCACAAUCAAAGAUGGUACAGAUAACAGCAGGACGUCCAGUAUGAUUCCUCCGGUGAAAAAUUUCAUCGAAAUCCUCAAACUGCCUGAUGAAAACGGCAAGAGCCCCUCUGAUAACACUAGCACUAGUUCAAAACUCUCCUUCGGACUAGGUAUUUCUGAUGCGGAUAGUGAACAACAAGUUGACGAAGAUUUGGCGGAAAUCGCGAAAAGUCUGACGGAGAAAAUUCCUAUAUCAACUACCAUUUCACAGAUUGUUGGACCCAAACCGCAGUUUCCAAUUCCGAUGCAAACUAACGUACCGCCUAAACUAAUCCAACCUUCCCCAGUACCUGAACUGCAAACAAAAAUUUUAAGCAUGCCAAAAGAAAACAAACUUAAUCCUAGAUCACCACAAACCUUCCAAAGAAUAUUCGAGGAGUCAAUCAAGAAGACAGAUGAGGCCAGUACGCCUUCAGAGAAAGACGAACAGAAAUCUGCGUUAGAUUUGACUAAUGAUACCCCUGCCACUUCAACUAGCACUACCGUUGAAAUUUCUAAACAAUUGUCCAUGAAAACAAAGUUGGAGAUAGAGAAAACUAUCAACGAGGUUAAAAUAGCCGAAAAUAGCACACCAAAACUGAUACCUAAAGUGCCCAUACCAAGGCUGCCGAGUCGAUUAUCGAACCAAAGAACGCAGAAACAGCCUCAGAAAAAUUUGAAAUUCGAGAUAGCCGAUGCAAUGAAAUAUCAGCAGACUUUGGCCAAUCUCCAUUCCAACGCCUUGGGAUUGAAUUACACAAUUUCAGUUGGUCCCAAGGUACCUACUAAAGCCAAUGGCAUCAUGGCAUCACCUAAAAACGAACUGGACAUCAGAACAGCCGACUUGCCGAUGAUAUCUCCUAGCAGCUCCGACAUCAAACCAAGUAUAUCUCAGAGACCCAGUCCGAUACCUAAAAACAUGUCGCCUGGCAUGGGCUACAAUUCGCCUAGGAACUCCCCCAAACACUCCCCAAAAUCCUCGCCGGUGAUAAAACACAUGUACGCCCCCUUGCCCAACCAAAUGUUGAACCAACUCCAAGUGAACACCUACAACCAGAGGAUACCUUCGCCCAACAUCAGCAACCUCAACAAACUCUCUCCGAAAGUUCCCCAGCUACCUAGUCCUUCGGGCAACUCGACUGGUAAACAGUCUCAUCCUUCUCCCAAAUUGACUUCUCCCAAACUGUCUCCCAAGCUGCGAUCUCCAGCAACUUCUUCUUUGACGGUUCACACCUCUGCGGCUGCUGUCGCUUCCAAAAGCAGUCCCGUGCCAAGUUCCAGUACCAAUCAGAACUCCCCUCUCAGUCCCAACCAGAUCCUGGAGAAGUACAACAUCCAGAAUCUGGCUCAAUUGACGGCCAAUCUCAAUUUCAACGGUGGUGGUUUCGGGAUGAAUCCCAACAACCAGCUGGCCGCUAUCCAGCAUGCGAUGCUGCUGAAGCAUUUCGAGAUGCAGAAUCGGCAGAAUUGGUUGAGCAUGAACCAGGGACCUCUGUUGCAGUACGAGAAGUACCUGCAGAGCUUGAAGAGCGGUCAGAGUCAUUUGUUGAGUAACAUAAAGGAGAAUUAA